CUUUUCACAUGCUCAGUUUGGUGUGUAUUGCUAGAGGUUUCUUUCUAUCUUGGGAGACUGCAUUUCCAUGUUCUGUGUACUGUGGGAGACCAGAUAUAGUGAAUGCAGGGUCUGGGGAGACCGGAUAUAGUGAAUGCAGGGUCCUGGGAGACCAGAUAUAGUGAAUGCAGGGUCCGGGAGAGCGGAUAUAGUGAAUGCAGGGUCCGGGGAGACCAGAUAUAGUGAAUGCAGGGUCUGGGGAGACCAGAUAUAGUGAAUGCAGGGUCCGGGGAGACCAGAUAUAGUGAAUGCAGGGUCUGGGGAGACCA